UUAAAGAGGCAGCAAAGAGCUCUGAAAUGACAUCUGUCUUUGUGAAAGCUGUGAAAAUGGCAUGUGCACCGUGGAGCAGCAGGAAAAAUUACCAGCGCAGAAGAGUCUGCUUCCUCCGAUCCCAGCCAUCGCCAAAGCGAGGACGUGGACCCCAUGGAGAGUGAUGAGUUUGUCACCAGCACCUUCUCUCAGUUCUAUUUCCUACUCAAGAGGUCCUUCAUCUGCGACUAUCUACAACUGAACCUGGUUCUUCAGAGAUUCACCUUGAUCAUCAUUACUGGCAUCAUGCUUGGAUUUUGCGUACCUAAACGUCUCAAAUGACAUAAUGAAGGUCCCUCAGAACCAGGGCUGUUUAUUCUUCAUUGUGUGUACCAUCACGGCUUCAAUAAAGCCUGUGCUAUCCUUGCAUGUCCUCUGGAGAUGUCUGUUGUGCUAAAAGAGCACCGUAACAAUUGGUACAGCCUCAAGGCUUACUACCUAGCCAAGAUGAUGUCAGAUAUGCCCAUCCAGAUCAUCGGCCCUAUCAUCUACUGCUGUAUAGCCUACUGGAUGACCAGCCAGCCUCCAGAGGCCACACUCUACUUCCUCUUUGCUGCUUUCUUAAUCCUCGUGACAUGUGUGACCCAAUCAGUGGGCCAGUUCCUUGCAGCAAUGUGUGACAAUUUGAUGGGUGCCGAUACCAUGGCGUGGGCUGUGGGUGCUAUAAUGUGCAUCUUUGGCGGUUUCUUUGGCCCAUUUGAUAGGCUUCCCACAUACCUGGGGUGGAUUGAAUAUGUGUCCUUCAUAAGGUAUAGCUUUGGAGAAAUGGUAUUAUCCCUUUGUGGUAUGGAUCAUGCUGACCUGGAGUGUGCUGAGGGCAUCUGCCCACUACAGAAGCCUGAGGCCAAGCUGGUAGUAGACAUCAGUAUAAUGGUCAUCUACUUCCUCAUCUUCCAUCUGGCAGCGUAUCUCGCUCUGUGUUACAAGGUCCGGGCAUUGAGGAGAAAGAGAGAAUACGAAAAUUGAAGUCCACUGGAGCACAAGAAUGGUCCGCCUACAUCUGAAUGGAUCUUCGCAAAGUACAAGUUUGAAUUGAUUUGCUUUCUCUGUUACACAUCCUGUGAAUGAACUGACUGCCUACAAGUGAUGCCACGUUCUGUUGAUGAAUGACACAUUAGUUGACAACUGGAGCCAUGAGAUUCUGACAUCUGUUGAGCUGUGGACUUCUGCCUUAUCAUGCAAGUUUAGAUUUAUGGACUAAUAGUUUCACUCAUUGAUUCACUAAAGAAUAGUGCAAAGUUUAUUUUCUGAGGCACAAAGUUUUUUUUUUUUUCUUUGAAAGUUAUUUUACAAUGAGUUUGCCUCCUUCUGUGACAUAUUAAGAAUGUUUAUCAAUAUUCAGUUGCAAAAUACAAUUUUCAUGAUUUAUACAUCAAUUACACAUAAAAAAAUGAUUGUGAUCUUUAACAAAGUCACAUAACAGACAAACACAAUCUGCUAAAACUAAUAAAGACACAAAUAAUUGUACUUCUGAACUUUCACAGUCCCAUCAGAGGGUUCAAGUCUAUUGAGUAACCGGUAGAACCUCCUUCAUGGUGGCGCCUUGCCGUAA